UCUUUAUCAAAACCCCAAUUCCCAAACCCUAAAACCCUAAAAUUACUCCAUCCCCAAAAUCAAACAAAAAUGGCACCAAUUGAUCCACAUUCAUUCACAGAUUCAUCACACCCACUAACAACCCACAUUUCAUUAAACCUCUACUUCAACUUCCCAUCUUCAACAAUCUCUUCAUCCGCCAUUCUCACUCUCUCUGCCCCAUUUUCGGGCGAGCUUGUUCUCGACACCCGUUCGCUAUCGAUAACUUCAGUUAUCGACCCGUUAACCAAUACCCAUCUCCCCUUUUCCCUUUCCCCUGUCAUUGACCCCAUAAAGGGACAACCUUUACAUAUAUCUGUAUCUAACUGUGCUAAAAUCUUGAUUACUUUUUGCAGUUCUCGCGAUAGCUCUGCGCUUCAAUGGCUGACUCCGCCGCAGACGUUUAAUAAGAAGUUUCCGUUUGUGUAUACCCAAUGUCAGUCUAUUCAUGCCAGGUCUAUUUUUCCAUGUCAAGAUACACCCACGACACGUGUUCGAUAUAAUGCCAAGCUGAAUUUUCCGUAUCAGUUGAGCUGUGUUAUGAGUGGGAAACAGGUUGAUAGGAGAAGUCCUUUAAUGGGGUGUGGUGAUUCGGGUUUUUGUGUUGAUGAGGAUUUGUGGUGUGGUGAAGGGAGAGUUGUUGAGGAGUUUGUGAUGGAACAACCAAUACCGACUUAUUUGUUUGCGUUUGCUGUUGGUGAGAUUGGGUGGAGAGAGGUUGGACCGAGGACUAAGGUGUAUGCAGAAAGUGGGAGUGAGAUUCUUGAUGCUGCCGCGAAGGAGUUUGCUGGUACGGAAGAUAUGAUUAGAGUUGGUGAGAAGUUGUUUGGGGAAUACGAUUGGGAGAGGUUUGAUUUGUUGGUUUUGCCACCUAGUUUUCCUUAUGGUGGGAUGGAGAAUCCGAGGAUGGUGUUUUUGACCCCUACUGUGAUUAAGGGUGACGCUAGUGGCGCGCAGGUUGUGGCGCACGAGCUUGCUCAUAGUUGGACUGGGAAUUUGAUUACUAACAAAACUAAUGAUCACUUUUGGUUGAAUGAGGGAUUUACAACUUAUGCUGAAAGGAGAAUAGUUGAGGCUGUGCAAGGGGAGGACAUUGCUGCAUUGAAUAUUGGUAUUGGUUGGAAAGGGUUGGUUGAUGAAAUGGAGAGAUUCAAAGAUAACAUGGAGUUCACAAAGCUUUUAACUAAUCAGGAAGGGGUGGAUCCGGAUGAUGUUUAUUCUCAAGUUCCAUAUGAAAAAGGUUUUCAGUUUCUAUGGCGCAUUGAGCGACAGAUUGGAAGGCCAGCUUUUGACGAGUUUCUUAAGAAAUACAUUGCUGCAUUUAAGUUCCAGUCCAUUGAUACAAGCAUGUUUCUUGACUUCUUGAAAGCGAAUGUUCCUGGAAUAGAGAAUGACAUUGAUUUGAAAACAUGGACGGAGGGUACUGGCAUCCCUUCUGAUGCCAUGGAGCCGGUUUCUAGUAUUUAUACAAAGAUUGUUUCUCUUGCACGUGAGUUCAAACAAGGAAGGAUGCCAAGUGAGGAAGAAGUUGUCAGCUGGCAUGGGCAGGAAUGGGAGCUUUAUCUGGAAAAUCUUCCAAAAUCUGUUGAAGCUUCACAGGUUACAGCUCUGGAUUGUCGAUACAGGCUAUCAGAAUCAAAGGACUAUGAGGUGAAAGUAGCAUUCCUUCAACUGGCCAUUGCUUCAAGAUGCAGUGAAUACUAUAAUGUUGUGGAGAGAACAUUAAAGGAAGUAGGGCGAAUGAAGUACCUUCGCCCACUGUACACAGCAUUGGUGCAGGGGACCACAAGGAAAGAAGAAGACAAGAUAUUUGCGCAAAGGGUUUUUGCUGAAGCUCGUGAAUGUUACCACCCGAUCGCUCAAGGUGUUGUGGAGUCGAUUCUUUCCAAGCAUCUUUAAAUAUGUAAUGAAAAGUUUAACUUAACGUCUUGUUAGAUUAGGGGUUUGAAUCUGAUGAAUUUAUUGGGUCUCUAGUUCAACUUUAUUUUGUUGACUUUCUGGGUAAUUAUCGAAAUUGUCUUGCUAUA